UAACACUUCGUCUUCCCACACCGGCUGACGAACAGAAGAAGCAUUGCUUCACAUACGCAGAGAUGGGUGAGGAGAUUGUCCCUUCGGGGACAUCCGAUAAAAUUGGAACGAUACAGAGAAGAUUAGCAUGGCCCCUGCGCAAGGAUGACACGCACAAAUCGAGAAAUGGUCCAAAUUUUUUUUCCAGCUUUUCCGGGGGAUUUUUUGACGCCGUUGAUAUGCUGCUUCUGGGUUCCACCUCCCCUAUUCUUGUGCCUUCGCGGAGGUUUUGGCCAUUAUCUUUAAUGGAUGCAAAAAUUCAUCGCUUAAUUCUUAAGAACUCAAGAGGUGGCGGCUUUGGAUGCGGAGGUAAUUACACCCGACUACACUUAUAUGUCUUCAAUUGUUUCGUUUAUGGAUACAUGAGUAUCGCUUCCAAUGUCAGCAUUUGUAUGUGCUACCGAUUAUUGUUCCAAGUUUAUUACCAGAAAUCCUAAUUAAGGACCAGUACUUGUGUUUUGAAUCCAUUCAUUUUUUUUCAACUCCGGACUUAGCAACAAGGACUGGAAGGAUAUUGGAUUUGCUCAUGCCAAGGGAAAUACACACUUGCCAAUUAUGUUCACCUAACAAUAAGGGCUUAAAGAAUUUUGGUUUCAGUGCAAGCUGUGUCCUGGGAUAUCUAAAUGUGACAAUGACAAUCUUCUCUCCCAAUGCUUCCAUGUGGAUAUCAUAUCUAGCUAAUUGUGCUCAAACAGCCAUAUACAUGAUACAAAUCUAAUUUUUGUUUGCACCUUCUUUUGCUCUCUGUAUACAUGUUCACUGCACUUACUUUAGUUUCUACUUUCUAUGUAUUGAUGAACAUGGUUACAUGGUUAUGGUAAUUUCAUUAAGUAGCAAGCUGUUACUGCAUUCCUCGCUAGGCGUCUUUAUCCCUUUACAUUGUUAUAUUCUUGAUCUUAAAUUAACUCUUUGUUUAUUCCUUUAAUUUCCUCCCUUGCAUUUAAAGUUGCAGGUUGUUUCUUACUUUUCGUGUUCUAUUUUAACUUUUUAUUCCUUACCUAAUACCUAUAAGGAAAAUGGGUUUUCAAGAGAAGAUGCAUCCAAGGCCCAGGAGGGAGCAUGGUUUCAAGCGUGUCAAUAUAUUACCCAUUUUUUUUUUUCAAUCAAGCUAUUUUCUUUAUUUACUCUUUGCUGAGAUCCCGCUUUUAUUUGACCAGAACUCGUUUUCAAACACAUUAUGUGGCAUCUCACAGUAAAAAUUAGUAUGGGUGGUCGUGCCUUGCACAACUCACAUGGAUCAAAUGCUCACAACUCACAAAAUUAUAUCCUUUAUUCCCUGUUUCUCAAUUUUCCUUUGAAGUAUUAUGCUACACUUUUGACCAAUCAACAGAGUGUUAGUUUAGCAGUUCCAUAACAGUUCUCUGCAGUACUAACAAAAUGAUGUCCCAUUCAACUGCACUUCGUUUUCUGAUUUUCCAAAUAACCUUUCAGGAUAGUUCAUUUAUGUCUUUGGCUGGGAGGAAUGAAGUCGCUGCAAGAACGGCCCACCGAAAUAUCUACCACAUUUGUUUGUAGGUUUGGAGGAGAUAUCAGUUUCUGGCCUUCUAGAUAGCCGGGAAAGGGUGGGAUGUUGGUGUGGUAAACAGGCUCUUAUAUAGAAGGGACUGGGAGCUGAUUCUGGGGAUUCCUGGUAGCAAGAGGUCAGUCCUGGAUCGUAUCUUCUGGCCUUGGGAUGAGAAAGGUCCCUACAAACCUACAACGUAAAUUGCAGCGGAUUGGCUGGACCUGUGUGUGGAAUCUCAGCAUUCCACCAAAGGUCAAGCUGUUUCUUUUUCAUGCAAGUGUGUUGGUUAACUGCCUAUUGCUGCUAGUCUGCUUCGAGGAGGGUGAAGUGGUCACAGCUGCGCAUUUUGUUAUCUUUGGAUAAGGGACACGGCCUUUCACAUAUUUGUCUUAUGCCAGUUAUGAAAGGAAAUAUGUAUAUUUCUGAAAUGAACCUAUGUAGGGUUCACAUUUGGAAAUGCUAUUACCGACCGUGCCGACAGGCAAGCUGUAGGGAUCCAUGGCUUACACGACUAUUCUAGAGACUCUAAAGUAGUAAAGUUAGCUAUGUACCCCUUUCCCUGCGGAUUGAUUAACAAAUGGACACUGAUAUUCCGUCGUUGUAGGUAGAUGAGAUUUAAUAACAUCAUCGAGUUCUCGACCCAUGAUUCAUGAAUUCUUCUUUUGAAAUGAUUUGGAUAAAAUGGAUCCUGAUUAGGUGAUUUUUAAUUCAUCCUCAAAAUCCAUUUGUAAUUCUUUAAUUAAUAACUAGUUUUUAUUCCAUAAAUUUAUCUGCAAGCCAUCAUUUUUUAGUAGUGUUUAUCAUCACUUAUCUGAUAUUGCUUUAUUUGAAGUUUAUGAUAGCAGUGAAACUCUUGAAGAUAAGGAAAUUGUUGAGGCUGGUUCAUUCAUAAUGAUAAAGGCCAUUUAAAUGUGAUUCCAGAUAAUGGCAAUUGAUAAGCUCGGAGCAUAUGGUAUUGAAAACCGGGUGAACCCUUGAAUGGAGAGAAUUACUAUGUCUUUGAAGCCUUGAAGAUUUGGCUUGAACGUGUUUUAUGAAAUUUGGUGUGUAUAUGAUUUAUUCAUCACAUCCAAUUUAUGGAUUUAAUAAUUAUGCAUAGACAUUGUGUGAAUUAGACUUUUUUUUGGAAGAAUUCGGCUUAUAUUGAUAACAGAUAAUUCAGAGUAUGGGUCAAUUGACAAAAAGAAAUCUGACAACCGUUAUCCCGCGAUCUAGACUCGGAAUUAAUCACCUCCAGAGAAGCAAUAUAAUUCACUGAUCCAUAAGUGGGAAACCAAAAGCCAAAAACGGUCACCAUAUUCCUCUCAUCUCCCACAUCCAAAAACAACGUCUUACAAUCAGAAAUAAAGCAAAAACAAAGAACAAAACAGAACCAAACACCAAACAAUUCGAAAGAAAAACAUAAACUGCAUGAAACGAAAUUAAAAUUGAAUUCACCCAUCUUCUUUCAAACCCAAGAUUUGCUUGCACUCCAUGGCGGCGGCUCAGGAGGGGGACGUGCCCACCGUUCAUCCGCCACAACUUCAACAUCCGUUUUAUUCAGAUAUCGUUCUUCUUCCUUUGCGCCAACCUCCAUCAUCUUGUACUUGUCCACAAAACUUUCCAGGCCGAAAAGAGAAAACUCAAAUGAAAAUCCGAAACUCGUUUCCACCUCCAUAUCCGCCGACGAAGUGGAGCUGCAGCGAGAGAAACUUAUCCGCACACGUAUUGAAACCCUUCGUUCAAUAGCUCAGACCGAGGAACCCGGACAAUGUCUUCGACAAUAGACAACGUCUUCCAAACAAUCCAAAGAGACAUCCAACGAACAAAAGACUCGGAGACACGGCGGAGAGCCGUCUCCGGACAAACCCUAGUCCGGCCUAGGCGGCGGCUCUAGAGAGAGAAAAAACGAGAGAGCCACAGAAAAACUUUCAUUAGUCUACUAUCAUUGUGAAACGGAGAUUAAUAUUUGUGUGAAUUAGACUUAAUCUUUCUUAUGUGGAUCAGAAAUAUUGAAAAAAAAAAAGUAGCAGAUAUGGG